GGAGGGGCGGCGGCGGCGGGGCCGGGAGCGUGCGCGCGCACAUCACACUCCGCCGCCCGGGGACGCCCACUAGCGAGUCCGGGCCGGUAGGCCGGCCAGCGCCCCGUCGCCCCCCGUCACCCUCCGGUUCCUCUCAGGCGUGAGCCCAACGGGUGUCCGCACCGCAACUGUUCCGUGCUUACCCGGCCUAAGGAGGCAGGGGACGAGGACCGGGCCGCAGCCCCGCGCCGCGCGUACGCGCUGCCUCUCCCGCAGCCGCCGCGGCCGCCACAGAGAGCAGCUGCGAGCCAUCGGAGGCAGCGCGGAGGAGGCCCCCGCGGCGGCCAGGCAGGAACCGACCUCUGUCCACCUGAGUCGCGGCUGCUCUCGCUCGCCCGGGGCCGCCCGCCUCCGCAGUGCUGAGCGAGGAAUGAGCAGGCGCCUGUCCUGGGCUUUCGGGCCGAGGGCCGAGACUCGGCUUCUUCCCACGCCUCAGGGGUGCGGGGGCUUGGUCACUGCGGUGGAGCACGGCGGGGUCAGCGGCGGCCUCGCUUGGGGAGCGGGAGCUGGGGUUAACUGAAGCGGCGGCGGGGAGGAGGAGCCGGGAGGGGGCGUCCGCCGCGCCUCCCCUCCCCCCGCACACGCCGGGGCUUCUCAGUGGCCGCUGGAGGAGGAAGUUCCGCUCCCUGACAGACCCGUGCGGUAGCAACAGCGGCGGCGGCGGCCGCGGCGACUUGGAGGGCUCGGGAUUUUGGACGCGGUUGCCCUGCGCGCCAGCCGUCGAGUGGGCAGCCUCGGAGCUCUGGCCGGCUUCCGGAGCCUGCAGGCAGCGUCUGGCAGAGCGGGCGGCCGAGAACUCCUUCCUGCUGCUUCACCCAGCGCUGCUGCUUUGGCUUCCCGGCCAGGUGGGAGACCUUCCUCGUUUGCAGACUUCCGAGGAGACCCUUAUUUUUUCCACGGCCAAGGUUAAGAGAUUCUGGAAUAGAAGCGUCAGAGGAGAUUAAGUGAACCUUCUGCAACUCCUCGGACCUCGCCAAGCUCCCUUUUGGGGCGCGAGACCACAUUUGAGCAUCUCAGUGGGGCGCAGAAAUGCAAGAACCCACUUUGUCCCUUCUCUGCAGUGUGGCUUGCCUGAUGUACCCCUAGGAAUGAAGAGGAGACUUGUCAUAACCCGAUGAGGUACUGAAAGCCAAAUGGCAAAGAAGAUAUCACAGGACAUAAGCUAGUGAUCGAUUGGGGGUGGGCAGACACGUUUCUGAAUGUAAUUGGUCGAGCGUGAAAGAGGUGUCCUCUUAAAAAGCACAACAGUCCUUUAAGAAGAGAAAAAUUGAGUUUUCCCGUUUUUGCCAAGAUUUUGAAGACAGUUCAAUGUGUUGUACAUUUUAUAUAAGAUGGGAACUUUGUGAAGUAUUCUGGCCAAGAGUGUAAACGAUGACUACCCCAGCUCUGCUGCCCCUGUCUGGACGUAGGAUACCACCUCUGAACCUGGGGCCGCCCUCCUUCCCACAUCACAGGGCUACCUUGAGACUUUCUGAGAAGUUUAUCCUUCUCCUUAUUCUUAGUGCCUUCAUCACCCUGUGUUUUGGGGCAUUCUUCUUCCUUCCAGACUCUUCAAAACACAAACGCUUUGAUCUGGGUUUAGAAGAUGUGUUAAUUCCUCAUGUAGAUGCCGGCAAAGGAGCUAAAAACCCUGGAGUCUUCCUGAUCCAUGGACCUGAUGAACACAGACACAGGGAAGAAGAAGAACGUCUGAGAAAUAAAAUUCGAGCUGAUCAUGAGAAGGCCCUGGAAGAAGCAAAAGAAAAAUUAAGGAAGUCAAAAGAAGAAAUUCGAGCAGAAAUUCAGACAGAGAAAAAUAAAGUAGUCCAAGAAAUGAAGACGAAAGAGAACAAGCCACUGCCACCAGUCCCUAUUCCAAACCUUGUAGGAAUAAAUGGUGGAGACCCAGAAGAUAAUGACAUAAGAAAGAAAAGGGAAAAAAUUAAAGAGAUGAUGAAACAUGCCUGGGAUAAUUAUAGGACAUAUGGAUGGGGACAUAAUGAACUCAGACCUAUUGCAAAGAAAGGACACUCCACUAACAUAUUUGGAAGUUCACAAAUGGGUGCUACCAUAGUAGAUGCUUUGGAUACCCUUUACAUUAUGGGACUUCAUGCUGAAUUCCAAGAUGGACAAAGAUGGAUUGAAGACAACCUUGAUUUCAGUGUAAAUUCAGAGGUAUCUGUAUUUGAAGUCAACAUUCGAUUUAUUGGAGGCCUACUUGCAGCAUAUUACCUUUCAGGAGAGGAGAUAUUCAAGAUUAAAGCAGUGCAAUUGGCUGAGAAACUCCUUCCUGCCUUUAACACACCUACUGGGAUUCCCUGGGCAAUGGUGAAUCUGAAAAGUGGAGUAGGGCGAAACUGGGGCUGGGCAUCUGCAGGUAGCAGCAUUCUGGCAGAAUUUGGUACACUGCAUAUGGAGUUUGUCCACCUCAGCUAUUUGACAGGGGACCUGGUUUACUAUAAAAAGGUCAUGCACAUUCGGAAACUACUUCAGAAAAUGGAUCGUCCAAAUGGUCUUUAUCCAAAUUAUUUGAACCCAAGAACAGGGCACUGGGGUCAGUAUCAUACAUCAGUUGGCGGUCUGGGAGACAGUUUUUAUGAAUACUUACUGAAAGCAUGGUUGAUGUCAGAUAAAACAGACCAUGAGGCAAGAAAGAUGUAUGAUGAUGCUAUUGAGGCUAUAGAAAAACAUCUUAUUAAGAAGUCCCGUGGAGGUCUUGUCUUUAUAGGAGAAUGGAAGAAUGGACACUUGGAAAAGAAGAUGGGGCAUUUGGCCUGCUUUGCUGGCGGAAUGUUUGCACUAGGAGCAGAUGGUUCCAGAACAGAUAAAGCUGGUCAUUAUUUAGAACUAGGGGCAGAAAUUGCACGCACAUGUCAUGAAUCAUAUGACAGAACUGCAUUAAAGUUGGGUCCUGAAUCAUUCAAGUUUGAUGGUGCAUUGGAGGCUGUGGCUGUCCGGCAGGCUGAAAAGUAUUAUAUCCUCCGUCCAGAAGUAAUUGAAACCUAUUGGUACCUAUGGCGAUUCACUCAUGAUCCAAGAUACAGGCAAUGGGGCUGGGAAGCAGCACUGGCUAUAGAAAAGUAUUGCCGAGUCAGUGGUGGAUUUUCUGGAGUAAAGGAUGUAUAUUCCUCUACUCCUACACAUGAUGAUGUACAGCAGAGCUUCUUUCUUGCAGAAACGUUAAAGUAUUUGUAUCUGCUAUUCUCCAGUGAUGAUCUUUUACCCUUAGACCACUGGGUGUUUAAUACAGAGGCUCAUCCUCUGCCAGUGUUACAUUUAGCAAACACCACACUUUCAGCUUCCACUGAAAUUAAAAGUUGGAAACAGUAUAAUUAGUCCAAAAUUUACUCUGAAUUUGGAGAUUUCAUGAAGCAAAGUUUGUACAAGAGCCCAUCUUAGAAUUCCAAAGACUUAUUUCUUUAUUGGAUAGCUUUUCAACUGUCUAUUAGCAUGUAGUAGAUUUAAGUUGGGAAAUGAAUAAAUUAAUGGAAUUGAAUAAGAGUGAUCAUCUUACAUGACAAAUCAUCAAAUAGUCCUCAUACUUCAGCCGAUGAUACAUAAAUGAUAGCCACCUCCAAAUUUUUCAGUACACAUGGACAAUAAAGAUGUAGAACCAGUUGCAUUAAGUCUUUAAGAGAGUAAAAUUUUAGCACAGAUUUUGAAAUUGUAAUAUCUUUUACUAUUUGAAAAUUUAAAAUUUUUAAAUGAGAACGGUAGAUGAAUGGAACUUUAGAAGAAAAAGAGAAAGUAUUUGGUUCUCAAAAUAAAUUUAAACUUCAUCCUAAAAAUAGCACAAGCCCACUUAUGAAUCACUGAAUAAAAAGUGAAAAACUUAAGUUGGCAACAACUCAGAGCAGCUGUGCAGAUGGCAAUGAACUCUCUCUUGUUUUGCACAGAAAAAUGCAGAAUAAAGGAAGGGGCCUUCUUGGAUCUCCAUGAACUCCUCAAAAGAUGAGGAGACAGAACCCCUACCCCAAGUACUCUGUAUUAGUUGGAUGACUGGAGCGUAAGAGAAGGCAGAAAAGUGUACAAGCAGGGCCAGUUCUGAUACAAGCAAGGACUUUGAGAGGGACAGUGAAAGGGCCUUCUUCAUGCCCCAUACCUUCUUUGUGAUGAUAAGACUAGAGCUUAUAACCGUGCUUCCAUUUUUUUCUUCUCUGAAUACCAAAGGCAAUUAAAGUCAGCUACAAAUGACUUGCCAGUGUCAUUGUUUAUAUUUCUUAUAGAUUUUUAAAUUAUUUCCUCCAAAAUCAAUCCUUAUCCCAUAUUCUGCUUAGUUUCCAAGAGUAUUCUUUCUUCUGUCCUUUAUAGCCCUUUAUAUUGUAGAUCUUAUUACUCAGGUUAAUACUCAUUGCAUUAUAAGACCUUCUGCAAAGAGCCUAAAAAUGCCCCUUUCCAGGUGCCUCCUCAAAGAGUUGACACCUCACCUUGUGCCUUUGGCACAAAUGUGCAGAAUAGAUAGAUCAGUUGGUACAUAAAUGGAAAUAAAAAAAUGCUGAACACCCCUCUACCUUUUACAUUUAUUUCUCUUCAUUUUAGAAUCACACUUUUGGUUCAAACUAGAUUUCUUUUUUUUUUUUUUUUUUAAUUCAACCAGUAUAAAGUUGUUAAAACCAAGAGAAUGGGGCCCUAACCAAAAAGAAGUCUCAUUGCAAAAAAUAAGGCCCCAGUCAGGGGGUUCUUUCUGGUGGGCUACACAUUUUAUGUCUCUCUGACACCACCUUAUUCCUGUGUUUGAGUAGAUGUUUGUGUGUAAGGGUAAAGCCUGGGCAUUGAAGGAAUGCAUUCUUUUUGUGGAGUAUUGACCCUGAUUCUCUAUGAUGUCAUCUAGGCCAACCCAGGGCUUCACUUGGUAGAUUUUAACAAAGCAGUUUGAAAUCUUGAUCAUCAACUCAUCUUCUCCACUCUCCAUUGCCGAAAUCUUUGUCAAGACUCUUAAAUUUGUUGAUAAAAGAUUGUGCUUGCCAUUCUCAUUAUAAUACAUUUUCUCCUUAAGCCUGCAUUUCUUUGAAUGAGUGUAUGAGUAAAUGAAAGAAUGAGUAAACAGACAUUUGUGGAGUAUCUAAUAUGUGCCAAGCAUUGUGCCUGGCACUUUCAAGAUUAGAACAUUUUAUGUGAUUCCAAUGGCAUUUUCUGUAUGAGAGUAGUUCAUCCCAUUUUAAAUGUUUUCCAGUAUGAAUUGUGUUACAAAAUUCUUAAUUUUAUAUUUCAUUUAAA